UGUGCGAGUCGAAAACAAGACGAGGGGCAGUAGCACGCCCACGACAGCGAGCAAAGCGGAUUAAAGUCCCGCGGCGAUGGCAGGAGAGACCGAGGACGAGAUACCAGAAUCGGGGGCAGUUUUUACUUUUGGGAAGAGUAAGUUCGCCGACAACGUCCCCAGUAAAUUCUGGCUUAAAAACGACGUGCCGUGUAAAAUAGCUUGUGGAGAUGAACACACUGCCUUAAUAACAGAAAAUGGGAAACUCUUCAUGUUUGGCAGCAACAACUGGGGCCAACUCGGUCUGGGAUCCAAACAGACUGUGACCAAGCCUACAUGUGUCAAAGCUCUGAAGUCGGAGAAAGUUCGGCUCGUGGCCUGCGGGAGAAACCACACUCUCAUCUGCACCGCUCAGGGAAAAGUGUACUCCUCCGGUGGGAACAGUGAGGGUCAGCUGGGCCUCGGUCACUGCGAGGAGAGGACGGCGUUUCAGCGAGUCCAGGCCCUCGAUUCGCACGGGCCGAUCAAAAUGCUCGCUGCAGGUUCAAACACCUCUGCUGCUCUCACAGAGACGGGUAAACUGUUCAUGUGGGGCGACAACACCGAGGGCCAGAUCGGUCUGGGGAAAGAGAGCCACGCGUCCGUGCCUCAGGAAGUCAGCGUGGGGCAACCCGUCAGCUGCGUGUCCUGCGGAUACUACCACUCUGCCUUAGUGACGGUCGACGGAGCUCUGUACACGUUUGGCGAGCGCGACAGCGGCAAACUGGGUCUGGGCACCGACCAGCUUCCCAAACACCGGCUCCCUCAGCCGGUGAAGAGCAUCAAGGAGCCGGUGACACAGGUGGCCUGCGGUGGUGGACACACAGUGGCACUUACAGAGGAGGGCGUGUACACGUUUGGCCUCGGUCAGUUCGGGCAGCUCGGCCACGGGACGUUUAUAUUCGAGUCGCGGCUGCCACGUCUGGCCGAACACUUCCGGAAGGGACGGGUCUGUCAUGUGACCUGUGGAGAGAAUCACACGGCUGUCAUCACGGAUGGAGGUUUGCUGUACACAUUUGGAGAUGGGAGACACGGUAAACUGGGGCUGGGAGAAGAGAACUUUGCCAACCAGUUCAAACCAACUCUGUGUCCGCGCUUCCUCAAGUACAUCGUUCAGGAAGCCGUGUGCGGCGGCUGCCACAUGGUGGUGUUGGCUCGGCCCAGGGACCAGAGCUGCGGCACCGUGACCCUGGAGGAGGACGACGCGACGGACGACUACCUGGAGAAGCCGUACGUGGAGCUGCUGGGAGACACGGCCAACUCGUCCACCCUGCAGAGGAGCCUCUCUGCACGGGUUCGCAGGAGGGAGAGGGAGAGAUCUCCAGAUCACUUUGGCGCCAAGAUCAACACGCUGCCGGCCAUGUCGCCCAACUGCCUCCACCCGCCGCUGCCCGUCUCCGGCCACACCGCCCCUCCUCCCAGGCUGCCUCCGCCUGAGCCCACUCACAGAAAGAUGCUCAACGGCACACGCCGGCACCUCAGCGCGGGGUCACACCACCGGGCACAGGCAGGUGGCGACACGGACAGCGCCGUGGAGAGUCUGACAGACGCCGACAGCGUUAAAGGCCUCGGAGAAACCACAGAUUUCCUCAACAUGACACAUGUGAUGAACAUGGACCCCGGCGAUAAAACACUCACUCUGUCUCCAGUUCAGAAGGAUUUGACAAAGGGAGUUGGUCAAACGUGGAGAAAACCUGUGGAGGAAGAGGACGAGGGAAAAGAGGAGGAUGAAGAAGAAGACGAUGUCGAUGAUGAGGAGGAGGUGGAGGUGGAGGAAGAGGAAGAGGAAGAGGAGGAGGAGACGUCAGCAGAGACGGAAGAACUGCCCUCGCAAAGUUUGGAGGAUUUGACGGCGAAACCAGCGGAGAAGCUGGAAGAACUCAAAGAUGAAUCAGUGCCUGAUGGAGAGCAAAAAGCAGCCGAAGUCACGGAGAAGCCCGAGGUGGCUGGAGAAGAGAGGACGACGAGUGACGACGCCAAACCAGCCAAUGGGACGACAGACAGUAACUCGAAGAGCCAAUCAGGCUCCAACAAAAAGCUCUCCAUCUUCAGACGAUUGUCCUCCUCCAGGUCAAAGCAGGCCAAUGGCAGGGACCAAGCCCCGGCCGAGGGCACCGUCAGUGGGAAUACAGGUGCUACUGCCGGGAGCAGCAACGCAGGGACAAGCCGAGGUGAAGCACAGCCCAAGUCUCUGCCCUCUGGAGCCAGAGGGCCCCGCUCCGGUGCCUGCAUGGUGCUGUGACUCCAGAUGCAGUUGCGUCAAAACUCUCAGGUGACGUCAGUUACUUUUGCAAAAUGUCAGACCAAAGUGUGAAACCUUCAUUAGCAGCUACUGAGUUCUGCUGUGCUUCCAUUUAACACAAUCAGCGUCGCCCCGGCUCCUCUGCGGGGUGUUUAAAAUUCUGCUGGGACGAGUAGUCCGACGCUGAGGCAGAUUCACAUCUCACUCCAAAAGUGGCGGUCUGUGACAGCUUCAGCUUGGAUUUAACGGCAGUUAAACUAAGAUGCACACUCUCACUGGCGAAGUCUGGGAGGGCUUUAACUAUCGACUCGUUAUUUUUCAUGAUUUAUUCAUGAAUCCUUUUGAUUAUUUGAUGAAUUUUUGUGCGUAAAACGUAAACAAAAGCAGUUCAAACGAAGGUAAUAUCACAUCAGAGAGGUGCGGAAACCAUCAUUUGUUCAAUGGCACAUGCAUUUCUGUCGAUGGCAAAUCAGCGGUCUGAGCUUUGAGGGACCAGUGUAACUGCUCUGAAUCUAAAUCUGACGUGUAAACAAAAAACGACUGACAAUUUUUAGCCGAAUUGACGCCGUUUUUACGAGUGCAGCUUUGUAAUUUAACAACCACUAAACUGUAACCACUAUCUGUUCACAAGUGACCUACAGCUGAGCCUCUCAUCCACCAGUAUGACCUGUUUUUAUUCAACUAUUGUUGAGGUCCAGCUGCUGAACCUUACAAUGUGUGUGUUUGUGUGUGUAUGUUUUAAACUGUGAGAUUAGAUGUAAAUAUUCUUAUUUAUUGUGAAACGGUCCUCGAGCACAUUUGCACUUUUGAUGUGACGAUGUACGCAUCGUU